AUGAUGAAGAUCGUUUUAUUAUCUUUAUUGUUAGUAUCUUUUGUAGCAUUUGCUAUUGCUGCAACUGAGAAAGUCAAUAUUAACAAUCAACCAUACUCUUAUGGUGAAGAAGAUGACGAACCUAUCUAUAAACAAAAGAAAUACAAAAUCUCUGAAAUGUACCCAAAACCAGAGUUAACAGAACAACAAAAACAAUAUAUUAAGAAUAGAGAUGAUUUCGUUACUGCUUUGUUAGGAAAGAUGUCAAUCGUAGAGAAAGUUGGACAAAUGACACAAAUUGAUGUUAAUAAGUUGGUAUAUCCAAAUACAGUUCAAUUGAAUGAAACCUAUGUAGAUGAAAUUACCAAGGAAUUCCAAAUUGGAUCGUUUUUAAAUUCACCAACCACUGGUGGAAUCGUUCAAGGUUACUCUUCGCUCAAUGCUACUCAAUGGAUCGAUCUCUUGACAACCUUACAGAGAAUCACUGUAAAGAAUCAACCAAAUUCUAUUCCAAUGAUCUAUGGUAUUGACAGUAUUCAUGGUGGUACCUAUAUUGAAAAAUCAACACUUUUCCCACAUGGAACUGGUAUGGGUGCUACUUUUAAUCCAGAUUUGGUCUAUCAAGGACAAACUAUCUCUGGUAAAGAUUCAGCUGCCUGUGGUUUCCCAUGGGUUUUCUCACCUGUUCUUGGACUUGGUGUUCAACCAAUGUGGUCGCGUAUGUAUGAGACCUUCAGUGAAGAUCCAUUCGUUGCUAGUCAACUCGGUGAAGCCUCUGUAAGAGGACUCCAAAGAGAUUCGAAUCCAUUCACCGGAAAUAUCAGCUCUCCAGCUGUAGUUGGUACCGCCAAGCACUACUUUGGAUACUCCAAUCCAGUCAAUGGAAAGGAUAGAACUCCAGCUUGGAUUCCAGAGCGUAUGAUGCGUCACUAUUUCCUUCCUUCUUUUGCCCAAGCUUUGAACAAAGGUUUUGCCGGUACUGUCAUGGUUAACUCUGCAGAGAUCAACGGUAUCCCAAUGCAUGCCUCUGAGAAGUAUAUCGCCGGUGUUUUGAGAGAGGAAUUGCAAUUCGACGGUCUUGCCGUCUCCGAUUGGCAAGACAUAGAGAAACUCCACUUUUUCCACAAGAUUGCACCAACCAUGGUACAAGCUAUCGAGUUGGCUUUGAAUGCCGGUAUCGAUAUGUCGAUGGUUGCCGACGAUUUCUCAUUCCCAAGAUUGUUGUUGCGUAUGGUUCAAAACGGUCGUAUUCCCGAGAGUCGUCUUGAUAUGUCGGUUCGUCGUAUUCUCAACCUCAAAUAUGCCACCGGUCUAUUUGAUAACCCAUAUCCAGUUACCGACCCAGAGUUGAUUGAAUCGAUCGGUCAAUUGGAAGAUCGUGAAGUUGCUGCCAACGCCGUUGCAGAGUCUGUCACACUCCUCCAAAACAACCAAGUCCUACCAUUGAAUCCAAGUCAAAUCUCAAAGAUUUUAGUAACUGGUCCAUCGGCUGACUCUCUACCAAAUCAAAACGGUGGUUGGACAUUCCACUGGCAAGGUGCUAAAUACAACUCUGAAUUCCCAUUUGGAACUACUAUUCUAUCGGGUAUUCAACAAUACUUGAACCAAACAAAUGCCGAAGUUGUUUUCGAACAAGGUACUGAAUAUGGUGUCAUUAAUCAAACAUUGUUGGAACAAGCUGCCAACGCUGCUUCCGAGUCCGAUGCUGUUGUUGUCGUUCUUGGUGAACUCCCAGAAUCAGAGGGUGCCGGUGAUAUCAAUGAUCUAUCAAUGGACGAAGCUCAAGUUUUUCUUUUGGAAACAUUGGUGCAAUCUACCAAAGCACCAAUCAUUCUCGUUUUGAUUGAAGCACGUCCACGUGUUCUUCCACCAGCUCUCGUCGCCCAAUUGGGUGCCGUUCUCAUGGCCUAUCUUCCAGGUUCGGAAGCUGGUAAGCCAAUUGCUGAAAUUAUUUUCGGAGACAUCAAUCCAUCUGGACGUCUUCCAAUUACCUACCCCGCCUCGACCGGUGAUAUCAGUCCAUACUACUACAAAUACUCGAUGGAAGGAAUUCACACUCCACUCUUUGACUUUGGACACGGUCUCAGCUACACUCAAUUCGAAUACUCUGAUAUCAAUUGUAACGCCACCAGAUUCGGCCCAACCAAUUUCACUGGAAACGUCGGUGACUACGUAAGAAUCUCUGUUUCCAUUACCAACGUUGGAAAGAUGACAGGAAAGGAAACAGCAAUGUUGUUCCUCGGAAAAGAGUAUGCCCAAAUCACACCAGAGGUCAGAAUGCUCAAGGGAUUCCGUAAGAUUUUGUUGAAUCCAGGUGAUUCACAACGUGUAGAUUUCGUUUUAACACCAAGAGAGUUCACAUUCAUUGGAAUAGAUAAUCAAAUAACAGCUGAAACUGGACAAUUCUUUAUUAACAUUGGUAGUCAAUCAAUGACCUAUUAUCUAGCUUAA